AUGAGUCAAAGAUUCUUACAAGGGAUGAAUCGAAGAUUGCCACAUCUCGUAUGGCUGCGAACAAAGCAGCCAUUGCUUUCAUGCGCAUUUCAGCGACACCCCUUAAGCAAGUAUCAGGCUAGAGGAUUUCACGGGUCCGCAGCCCGACUUAUUUCGGAUCCAUAUAAAACUUUGAAUGUAGACCGCAAUGCAAGCACUUCGGAUAUCAAAAAAGCGUACUAUAAGCUAGCCAAACAGUAUCACCCAGAUAUCAAUAAAGAGAAGGGGGCUGAGAAGAAAUUUCAUGACAUCCAAGCUGCAUACGAAAUUUUGAGUGACACAGAGAAAAAGCAACAAUUUGAUCAAUUUGGCACGGUGUUUGACUCUGAUGGUAACCCCAUGGGUGGCAGCGGUGGAAGAGGUGGACCAGGAAACCCAUUUGCUGGUGGAAACCCCUUUGGAGCAGGCAAUCCUUUUGGAAACGCAGCUGGAGGGUUUAGUUUCAAUUUGGAGGACCUUUUUGGAGAUGCAUUUAACGGUGCGAAUAGACAGGGAGGAAGAAGAGCUGGAGGAGCUGCGUAUAUGGAGCAAUACCAAGGUAACGAUGUUGAAAUUUUGAAGACCAUUUCUUUCAAAGAAUCCAUUUUUGGCACUAACGCUUCAGUCAAUUACAACGUCCUCGAUGGUUGUAACACAUGUGAAGGUACAGGGCUAAAGAAGGGAAGGAAGAAAUCCACCUGUUCAACAUGUAAUGGAUCUGGUGCAUCUGUACAUUACUUACAAGGGUUCCAGAUGUCCUCCACUUGUAAUGCAUGUGGCGGAACUGGAGUGACCAUAAGCAAAGAUGACCAGUGUGGCCACUGCCACGGAAAUGGGGUGGGCCAGUCUUCCAAGACUACAGAGGUCAAACUACCAUGUGGAAUCAGGGAUGGAACGAGGCUACGAGUAUCCGGAGCUGGAGAUGCUCCAAACGUAACCAAAGGGCCAAAUGUUAGAACUGUCAAGGGAGAUUUGAUUAUCAGAGUGAGAGUGAAGCCCGACCCUAGGUACUCCAGAGACGGAAACGACAUCGUUUAUAAUUGUGAGAUUCCUAUGACCACAGCAGCACUGGGAGGUCAAGUCGAGAUUCCAACCCUUGAUGAUACUAAGUUGAGGCUAAAAGUACCCAUUGGAACUCAACAUGGAAGAACUGUUUCCAUUCCAGGACAAGGUGUUCCAAUUCAUGGAAGCCUCAGCAAUAGAGGAGCUCUCAAAGUCCAGUUCAAUGUCAAGGUCCUACGUCCAGAUAAUGCAACUCAGACUGCUCUCUUAGAAGCUCUUGCUGAUACAUUUAACGACACCACCGCCAAAAAGGUUAACCCAUCCUGGAAGCCUUUCGAGAAUUCAGCCCCACCAGCUGAAGGCGAGGAUUCAGAUCACCCAUCAAGACUAAAGAAAAUCGAGUCAUUUUUAUCCGAUGCUUUCAAGAGAAUUACCAAUAAGAAGGACGACUGUAAAUAG